UGUCAGUGUAACGUUAGGUGUGUUCAGCUCAGAGUUACUGUGGUGUUUUUGUACAGGUGAGCUCAUGGAUUGAUAAACCCUGUCAAACGUUUAACGUCUACAAAUCAUCAUCAAAUCCUUCUGCUGCAGGUCUCCGUUAAUGCUAGCCAGAUAUGGCGCUGUGGAUUCAGGCGCAGCAGCUGCAGGGGGAUGCCCUGCUUCAGAUGCAGUCUCUCUAUGGCCAGCACUUUCCCAUCGAGGUGCGCCACUAUCUAGCACAGUGGCUGGAGGCUCAGCCGUGGGAUGCCAUCGACCUGGAGAACCAGCAGGAGGAGUUUAAAGCAAAACGUCUGCUGGAUGGUCUGAUCCAGGAACUGCAGAAGAAGGCAGAGCAUCAGAUGGGUGAAGAUGGUUUCCUGUUAAAAAUCAAACUGGGUCAUUAUGCCACACAGCUGAAGAGUUCGUAUGACCCUUGCCCUCUGGAGCUUGUGCGGUGUGUUAAACACAUCCUGUACACCGAGCAAAGACUUGUACAGGAAGCAUCCAACGCCAGCAGCCCGGGGUCAGGUCCGGUAGAUGGGACCCCUCAGAAAUAUCAGCAGAUCAACCAGACGUUUGAGGAGCUACGUGUUAUGACACAGGACACAGAGAACGACCUUCGCAAGCUGCAGCACAGUCAAGAAUACUUCAUCAUUCAGUACCAGGAGAGCUUAAGGAUACAGGCUCAGUUGAGUAGUUUGGCCAGCAUUCCUCCAGCUGAGCGUGUUCAGAGAGAAUCGGGUCUGCAAAGCAGGAAGUCCACACUAGAGGUCUGGCUCACACGAGAGGCCAACACCUUACAGAAAUACAGACAGGAACUGGCAGAGAAGCAUCAGAGGACUCUAGCUCUGUUGAGGAAACAGCAAACCGUGAUCAUAGAUGAUGAACUGAUUCAGUGGAAGAGACGACAGCAGCUCGCAGGCAAUGGAGGACCAUCAGAGGGAGGACUGGACAUACUGCAAGCCUGGUGUGAGAAGUUGGCUGAUAUGAUCUGGCAAAACAGACAGCAGAUUCGCAGAGUUGAACACCUGACACAGCAGCUGCCCAUUCCCGGACCCACGGAAGAACUGCUCACUGAACUCAACGGUAUUGUCACAGACAUCAUAUCAGCACUCGUCACCAGCACAUUUAUAAUUGAGAAACAGCCUCCUCAAGUGCUGAAGACUCAAACCAAAUUUUCGGCAACGGUUCGCUUGCUGGUCGGAGGGAAACUCAAUGUCCACAUGAAUCCUCCACAGGUUAAAGCCACCAUCAUCAGUGAACAGCAGGCCAAGGCUUUACUAAAGAACGAAAACACACGCAAUGACAGCAGUGGAGAGAUUCUGAACAACAACUGUGUGAUGGAGUACCACCAAACCACUGGCACCCUGAGUGCACACUUCAGGACCAUGUCUCUGAAGCGUAUAAAGAGGUCAGACCGCCGUGGGGCGGAGUCAGUGACUGAAGAGAAGUUUACGGUUCUGUUUGAGUCUCAGUUCAGUGUGGGAGGCAAUGAACUUGUGUUUCACGUGAAGACAUUAUCCCUGCCUGUUGUGGUCAUCGUUCAUGGGAGUCAAGACAAUAACGCUACAGCGACAGUUCUUUGGGAUAAUGCUUUCUCUGAGCCAGGUCGAGUGCCAUUCGUGGUGCCUGAUAAGGUGCUGUGGCCGCAGCUGUGUGAGGCUUUGAACAUGAAAUAUAAAUCGGAGGUUCAGAGCGACAGAGGCCUGUCAGAAGACAAUCUGGUGUUCCUCGCUCAGAAAGCCUUCAGCAGUUCCAGCAACAACCCUGAGGACUACUGCAACAUGACCAUCAGCUGGUCUCAGUUCAAUAGGGAGAGUUUGCCGGGCAGGAACUUCACAUUCUGGCAAUGGUUUGAUGGCGUCAUUGAGCUCAUGAAGAAACACCUGAAGUCUCACUGGAAUGAUGGAGCGAUUCUGGGUUUCCUGAACAAGCAGCAAGCUCAGGACAUGUUGAUGUCCAAACCGAAUGGUACAUUCCUUCUGCGCUUCAGCGACUCUGAGAUCGGCGGCAUCACCAUUGCAUGGGUCGCAGAAAACCCAAACAAAGCAGGAGAACGGAUGGUGUGGAACCUGAUGCCCUUCACUACUAAAGAUUUCUCCAUCCGCUCUCUGGCUGAUCGGAUCAGUGAUCUGAACCAUCUGCUCUUCCUCUAUCCCAACCAGCCGAAAGAGGAAGUCUUCUCCCGUUACUGCACACCUCCGAACUCAAAAGCAGUGGGGGAUGGAUACGUCAAACCAGAGAUCAAGCAGGUGGUGAAGGUUGAGUUUUCUUCACCUAAUCCUGAACCAUCUCCCGGGAAUUCCUUCAUGGAGCAUGCAGCAUCACCCACUGUCAAUCAACACCAUAACUUCACAAUCUAUCCAUCAAUGAAUGACCCCAUGUUAGACACGGAAGGUGAAUUUGAUCUGGAAGAGACCAUGGACAUGGCCCGACAGGUGGAGGAGUUCCUGCGUCAGCCCAUGGAAACCCAGUGGAGCGGUCAACAGUCAUGACCUUUAACCUUGUGAUCUCUUAUGAGAACUACACAAAACUCAGUGGUUCCAUUCCAUAUUUUUAUCUUAACAAAUGUGAAAUGCUAUGUUUGUCAAAGUUGAUCAAUGGAUGUGUAACUGCCUUUGCAUUUUAUAUAUAGUUUGAUGUAUAAUUUCCCAUCAUUAACCACCGAAGAACAAUAGACUAUCAGUUGCAGUAAUACACUUCUAUUUGGCUGGAUAUAAGCGGCUACUUUACUAGCCCAGUUUGGAUUUGACACUUUUAUUGCCCUUUAUCUGGAUUGUUAUAGUCAUGUUAUAAAAAUCUUCUUGAUCAAAUCUUUAAGUCCAGUCACACAGUUGGCCAAUUGAAGACAUUGAGCUUUCAGUAUUCUGUCUUUUCAGUUUGUCCACCUACAGUUAGAAUGCUUUACAGCUGUAUUCAGGGUUGCCAGGUCAGCGAAACAAAACCAGCCCAGUUGCUAUUCAAAACUAGCCAAGUCACAGUUUUCCCACGGUUUUCACCUGCUCCAUGAGGGUGGAGGGGGACUCGGCAGCCCUGGCUGCAUUGUGUCAUUUGUGCACCUUGUGGCACUACACAGAAUUGCGUAUUGUAUAACUGGUGCUGUAUGUAUAAUUGGUUUUCUAAUGUCUUUAAUUGUCUACCAAACAGGCAGUCCUGGCUAUCCUGGUUGACAUUAGCAUGGAGAUAUUUCUCCCCAACUUUAGUAACAGCAUCCCCUAGCAUUGAAAAUUUAUGAAAUUUAGCAUGUCAAUAUCCAUGCGUUCCAAAGAAUUCACACUUUAAAGGGGUCCUAUUAUGCUCAUUUACAAAGUCUUGAUUUUGUUUUGGGGGUGUACUAGAACAGGCUCUCAUACUACGCUGUUUGAAAAACACAUUAUUUUUCACAUAUUUUACAUUAUUACA